GUGUUAAAGAGAAGCAGAGAAGCUCAUCCGCCGGCGUGAUUGUUCAACUGAAGCGGGGCAGAAUGACCGUAAAUAUGACCGUGACAAUGAUGACUGUCCUCAGUGUUCUUCGUGUUGUCGGAGCGUCUCGGGUCGUCUGUCCGGUUCCGCUGACCGUGGCGGCGGAGGGAGACAACGUCACGCUGCCAUGUCACCUGGAUCCCGAGGUCAACGCGGUGAGUCUCACGUUUGACUGGAAGAGGGACGACCUCAGCGGGUGGGUCUACAUUCGUCGGGAUGGGGGGCGAAAUGAAGCCGACCAGAGGCCUGAGUACAAGAACCGGACGCGUGUUGACCUGGAAGGACUGAAGAGAGGAGACCUGUCACUCAUCAUGUCGUCUGUGAAGCGGUCAGACUCUGGAUCAUACAGAUGUUUUGACGUUGAGAGAAUCUCCCCCUGCUACGCAAACCUCACUGUUGACCCAAAGAGACUUGACUCCAUUACAACUGUCCCUCCAACCUCACAAGAUCCUGGUGCUGAGAAGAAGACGACAGACGUCUGGAGGAUUCUUGGUCCUCUUCUUGCUGUCCUUGGUGUUGGUGCUGUUGUUACUGCUUUUCUUCUGUGGAGAUGCAAAGUGAUCGACAUUUGUAAGCACAUCAGAGGAAGGGGACCAAACAACAAUGAACCAGUAACCAUGGAGACCGGACAGAGGGAGCCGGGAGAAGAUCCUCUCGGAGCCGGAGAAGCUUCCUUCAAAUUGAUGGUCAACGACGAUGAAUCGGGGAAAACCUCCAACGAGGUUCAUUAAUGAUGAUUUUAUUGAUCCGUCUGGUUAGAAAAAACAAAUAUAGGAAAAUCUGUCGCUUUGUCUUUGAGUUUCCCAAACUACUGAGAUAAUGUCUCCUCUGCAGGGGUCACAGCCAGUGAGUCAUUUUAAACAUCUCGUCCCAUGCUUUGUCAUCACUCGGCCUUCCUUCUGGACAAAGUGUAGGAAGCGUAGUUAUUAAAUAGGUUGGCGGCGCUGCUGAAGCACAGCUCUGUAUCAUGGAAAUGCAGUCGUCAUUAUGUACACACACACACACACACACACACAGCCUUUCCCCACGGCCACUUUACUGACUUAAAUCAACGCUCUUCAACAUUCUGUCAUGUAAAGCUGUAUUUCAUCGAAUCUUUACAAACUAAAGAAUAUAGUUUUAAUAAAAAAAAUAGUUUUAAAUAUAUUCAAGACCACUUUGAAGUUUCAAAAAGCCAUAAGAACAGUAACUGCGAAGAAUCUGGGAAAUGCUGCUGACGCUGUGAAGACUAUUGAAGAAAGAAAUGUAUAUUUGAAGUGUUUGUCAGCGCUCAGGAUUUUUUAAUGUAUUAUGUUUUUCAAUUUAGGAUUCUUAUUUUAAUGGUGGUAUGGAAAUAUUUAUAACUUCUUAAGUAAAGGGAUAACUGUUUUUAUAAGCAUUUACUUGUACUGUGAGUCAUUUGUGCCAGAAGUGUUGAUGUCAAACUUUGAUCAGACUAUACCUCAAUUAAAAAAACUAACAUUGUG